GUUAGUCGGAACCAUUUGAGAGGUGGGACGCGCUUCCGGAAGCUGUCAGCUGUGAACACCGCAUCAACUGCAAUGAGUUUUGAGUGGCCCUGGCAAUACAAUUUCCCACCGUUUUUUACGCUACAGCCCAAUGUUGAAACAAGACAGAAACAGCUGGCGGCAUGGUGUUCCCUGGCUCUGUCUUAUUGCCGGCAUCACAAGCUCUACACCCUGGACGUCAUGGAAGCUCAGGAAAGCCCCGUGUUCAACAACAAGAAGAUAGAACGAAAACUGUCAAUGGAAGCAAUUCAAGUUGUGUUUGAGGAAUUGAGGAAAAAAGGGAACCUUGACUGGUUGGACAAAAACAAGUCUCGGUGUUUAGUCAUGUGGAGACGACCGGAGGAAUGGGGAAAGUUAAUAUACCAGUGGGUUUCCAAAAACGGGAUGGUUAACUCUGUGUUUACACUCUAUGAGUUGUCCAAUGGGGACGACACAGAAGGUGAAGAGUUCCACGGUUUAGAAGAGUGGAUGCUGCUGCGCUCAUUGCAGGCUUUACAAACCGACGGCAAAGCAGAGAUCAUUACCAUGGAUGAUGGAAAGGGGGUCAAAUUCUUCUGAAACGGUGCUGGAAUCACACACACUGUCUGGGAGUCCUCAUACUGUACCUCACAGGCAAAUUUUAACAUUUAGCUAUUUAAGGCUUCACACCUCAAUGCCCAGAGGAUGCCGGUCCUGCAAUUCUUGUUGCCUUUUGGUUCGUUCAAAAACCUUUUCUUAUUGGAAGAGAACCAAUAUAAUUUCUAGGUGUUUGGGAGAAAAGAGCAUUUCAGGUGACACUGUGUUUAAAGUAGUCACAGGUAACAUUCGUUGCCAUAUAAACAUGCAAUGGGCCUUUCAGGGGACUAAGUACUAUCAUGUCUGAAUACUCCUAGGGAAAAUGUCUCCCCACCAGCUGUAACUUUACACUUUUUACAUUGUAAAUACGACUAGUUUUAUCCCGUUUUCCCUGUUAACAAAUUUCCUCAGUAUAAUUAGCUCUGGACCUUUUGCUCGGCUGUUGUUUCAAACAGACAUCCCAAAGAAAUUCCCAGAAUGCAACACCAGGGGGACUUUUUGUUUUCAGAAUAAAUGCUUCCAGUAGGGGAAGCAACACAGAGACUCGGACCACAAAUCCUGGCUCGACUCAUCUGAGUGUAAUAAUAGUGGACUUCAUGUACAGAUUGCUGUCAUCCUAUUAUUGUGCAGUAGCUACUGUGACACUCCUGUUAUACUCUCUGUCUUUAUUCAACUUUCUUUUUUUCAUAUCCUGUAGAAAAAUAAAUUAGAAGUUUGCUAAA